AUGGGAGGUUAUCAAUCUGAGAUCGAUACUGGUAGUGAUGGAUUGGCAAUGGAGUUGGCGAACGCACUGUGGAAGAGUCUAAAGAGAGAUAUAGAGAACCAAACAAGAGAGGUAUUGGUUGAAAAAAGCAUAAAAGUCCUUAAAGAGGACUUAAAUGUGAUUUCUUUACUUAAUCAAAAUCAGAGGCAUGCAUUUGAAGUUAUAUUUAAAAGAAUUUAUGAAAAUAAGAGUGGUGUAUUUUUUGUUGAUGGCCCUGGUGGAACUGGAAAAUCUUUUCUUUAUAGAGCUUUGUUGGUUGAUAUUAGGUCAAAGGGUUAUAUAGCAUUAGCGAUAGCCACAUCAGGUAUUGCUGCAUCAAUACUACCUAGAGGUAGAACCGCUCACUCUCAGUUUAAAAUACCAAUUGAUACCUCAGAGGGUAGAGCAUACAAAAUUAGUAAACAAAGCAGUUUGGCAGAUAAGAUCUUUGGUGGGAAAAUGAUUGUUCUUGAGGGUGAUUUCAGGCAAACCUUUCCAGUGGUUCGUAAGGGAAGCCAAUCUGAAACCGUUGUUGCUUCUUUGAUUAAUUUCCCUAUUUGGCCAACUCUUGAAAACUUAGAGCUCACACAAAACAUGAGGGCUCGAUUUGAUCACUCAUUCAUUGAUUUCUUAUCAAGGGUUGGCGAUGGCACUGAAUUAGUUGAAGACAAUAGUCUCAUACAACUGCCUUCUUCUAUUUUAGUUAGCAAUGGUUCACAAAAUGCAUCACUUCAUGAUCUGAUAAGAUAUGGUUUAUCCCCACAUUCAACAUAG